AAUAAAUGCGAGCUGAGAACAUUUGUGCUCAUUCUCGUGAAAGCUCUUGUGGGGUUCACAUCGUUAAAAAUUUGUUAGAGGCGAUCAAAAGUAUGUGAAGUUUAUAGUGCGCCAAUAUUACAACAAAUUCAGUUGAAUUAUUCUAGAUUACAUAAAACGGAUUUCUAUCAAUUUAUUAUUAUAAAGUGAAAAUAGUGAUAUAUACUUACAAAAAUACCAGUUGAAUAUAAUAUUCUAUCUAUUAAACCAUAUACAAUUUAAUCAAAUUAAAAAAAAUAUUAUUGAAACGUUAUUAAAUUUAAUACGUUGUGCAUUUAACAAUAUAGUGUUUACUUUUUAAAAAACUAUUAUUUUAGUGUUAUAGUUAUAUAAAAUUUAUUUUGAAUAACAUCGCAAUAACGGUGAAUAAUAAUAAAUUUAAAAAUAAAAAUUAAAACCCAAAAUAAACUUGUAUUAGGGUUGUUUUUUUCAUAUAAUGGCCUCAACAAUUGUUAACAAUUCUGAAUCAGGAUAUGAAAUUCUUGAGUGUGGUAAAAGUAAUAAUUUAUGUGAAAAUCGUGAAAGUUUAAAUCAAAGUGAAAUUGAUUUAGAAGAAAAAUCAAGUCAAGAAUAUUCACAACAGCAACAACCAUUAAAACAUCAACUAGAAGCAGAAAAAUCCCUCAGUGAAAAUGAAUUAUUGGAUGCUAACGAUGAAGAUAACAAACGGAAACCAUGGGAAGGACCUGGGCCACAAGGAUUGUAUGAUCCACAGAAUGAACAUGAAGCUUGUGGAGUUGGCUUUAUUGUCGCAAUUGACGGCAAGCGUUCUCACAAGAUUCUUCGUGAUGCCCAGACCUUGUCAGAACGGAUGAAGCAUCGUGGUGCCUGCGCCUGUGACAAUGACACUGGUGAUGGCGCCGGCGUUAUGGCUUCGAUUCCUCACGGGUUAUACGUUAAAGCAUUAGAAUCUCAGGGGGUAACCUUGCCUCCAUUUGGCAAGUAUGCUACUGGAAUAUUUUAUUUGGACGAACAGACACAGGCUGAAGCUGAAAAAGAGUUCAACGAACUGGCCGAGGGACUUGGAUUGAAAAUGUUAGCAUGGCGAACAGUUCCCACUAACCAAUCGGCUAUUGGGGUUGUUGCCCGAAAUAGCGAACCAAUAUCUCGACAGGUAUUUGUUACCUGCACUGAUUUAGAUGAAGAUAGACUUGCUCGUCAAGUGUUUUUCUUGCGGAAGCAAGCCAGUCAUCUCCUGGCAAAGCCUGGUCGCCGGUUCUAUAUAUGUUCUCUGUCUACUAGGACCAUUGUGUAUAAGGGACUGUUUACUUCGGAUCAAUUGUGGGACUACUAUACUGAUCUCAAGGAUCCCGAAUUUGAAACAUAUUUGGCAUUGGUUCAUACUCGUUUCAGUACGAAUACUUUUCCAUCUUGGGAACGGGCACAUCCAUUGCGUGUCCUGGCCCAUAAUGGAGAGAUCAACACCUUACGAGGCAAUGUGAAUUUGAUGAAGGCCCGUGAGGGUGUCAUGGAGAGCCAAAUGUUCGGGGAUGAUAUCAAAAAGCUCUUCCCUGUCGUUGAGCCAAAUCUUUCCGAUUCGGGAUCUUUCGAUUGUGUGCUGGAGUUUCUAACUAUGGCCGGUGAACGUUCGCUGCCUGAAGCCGUCAUGACCAUGGUCCCAGAAGCUUGGCAAAAUGACAAGACCAUGGCUCAAGAAAAACGCGAUUUCUAUCAGUGGGCUGCUUGUGUUAUGGAACCCUGGGAUGGGCCGGCAUUGAUUUCAUUCACCGACGGCCGAUACAUUGGAGCCGUUCUCGAUAGGAAUGGAUUGCGACCAUCGAGAUUCUACAUUACCAAAGAAAAUGUUCUAGUUAUGGCGUCGGAAGUUGGUGUUUAUGAUGUUGAUCCAUCUCAAGUGACAUUGAAAAGUCGCUUGAAGCCAGGGCGUAUGUUGUUGGUCGAUACUCAAGAGAAGACAUUUAUUCAGGAUGUUGAACUCAAGACGAAUAUUGCUAAAUCAAGACCUCAUUCUGAAUGGCUUCAACAAAAGAUCACAAUGGAUGAGAUUAGAAAUGCUGAUAAGCUGAAUCCAACAUCAAAUGGUCAUACCAAUGGAGUUGAUCAAUCUAAGAAAGGAAUAUUUGAUCCUCGUUUGGCAUUGUUUGGCUACACCACCGAAACUGUUAACAUGCUGCUUGUACCUAUGUUCAACAACAAAAAAGAAGCACUUGGUUCGAUGGGAAACGACGCACCUCUAGCGUGCCUUUCAGAAUUCCAACCACUUCCUUAUGAAUACUUUAAGCAAUUGUUUGCCCAAGUUACAAAUCCUCCAAUCGAUCCAUUCCGUGAGAAAGUGGUUAUGUCAAUGCAGUGUCCAGUGGGACCGGAGGGAAAUCUGCUCAAGCCUUCAGCAAUGCAGGUUCAUCGCAUUUGGCUACCAAACCCUAUCUUAAGCAUUCCAGAUACCGACUUGCUCAAGAGAAACACUCAUCGCGGUUGGAAAACUAAGGUUUUGGAUAUUACAUUCCCAUUUGAAGAGGGUAUUGAAGGAUACAUUAACUGUAUCGAUCGCAUUUGUCUCGAAGGCCGAAUGGCUGCUGAAAAGGGCUAUCAGCUUUUGGUUGUAUCUGAUCGCAAUGCUGGUCAUGGUCGAGCUCCUGUUUCGGCUCUUAUUGCUUUGGGUGCUCUUCAUCAUCAUCUAAUCGAAACAUUGCAGCGCAUGAAGGUUGGUAUUAUCGUAGAGACUGCAGAGGCAAGAGAAGUUCAUCACAUCUGCGUUCUUUUGGGCUAUGGUGCUGACGCCAUAUGUCCAUAUUUGGCAUUUGAGUUGGCAAUCUCAUUGCGCAACGAUGGCGUCAUCAGCCCCGAUGUUUCAGACAAUCAAAUUUACGCAGCUUAUUCUCAAGCCAUUGAUACCGGUAUUGCAAAGGUUAUGGCCAAAAUGGGAAUCAGUACACUGCAAUCGUACAAAAGUGCUCAAAUAUUCGAGGCUGUUGGUUUAGGCAAAGACUUGAUUGAUCGCUGUUUCCGUGGUACACACAGUCGCAUUGGUGGCGUGAGUUUGGAAAUCCUUGCAACCGAGGGAUUGGAUCGUUUCCAAAUGACUUACUGCAAAGUUUCACCAGACACUCGUAUUCUUCGUAAUCCGGGACAGUAUCAUUGGCGUCAUGGAGGUGAGAGUCACAUCAACGAACCAGCAUCGAUUGCCAGUUUGCAAGAAGCUGCUGUCAAUAAGAAUCAAAGUGCAUUUGAGACUUUCAGAGAUUCAACUCUUAAGAGUGUAAAAAAAUGCACCCUUCGUGGUCAGCUAGAGUUUGUAACUGACAAACAGAGUAUUGAUAUAUCUGAGGUCGAACCAGCUAGUGAAAUUGUUAAGAGGUUUGCUACGGGUGCCAUGAGUUUUGGUAGUAUUUCCCUGGAGGCUCAUCAAACCCUUGCGGUAACAAUGAACAAAAUUGGAGGCAAAAGUAACACAGGUGAAGGUGGUGAAGAUGCUGACCGAUAUCUAAAUCAAGACCCCGAUUAUAACAGGCGAUCAGCAAUUAAACAAGUUGCUUCGGGUCGUUUCGGAGUUACAGCUUCAUAUUUGGCAAACGCUGAUGAUCUUCAAAUCAAAAUGGCCCAAGGAGCUAAGCCUGGUGAGGGAGGCGAGCUGCCAGGCUACAAAGUUACCAAAGACAUUGCUUACACUCGGCACUCAGUGCCUGGAGUCGGACUUAUUUCACCACCACCUCAUCACGAUAUCUAUUCCAUCGAGGACUUGGCAGAACUUAUUUACGAUCUUAAAUGCUCCAAUCCCAAGGCCAGAAUAAGUGUAAAACUUGUGUCUGAGGUUGGAGUGGGUGUUGUGGCCGCUGGGGUUGCAAAGGGAAAAGCUGAACAUGUUGUUAUUUCUGGUCAUGAUGGUGGAACUGGUGCCAGCUCCUGGACAGGAAUCAAAAACGCCGGCUUACCAUGGGAAUUGGGUAUUGCUGAAACACAUCAAGUUCUUGUUUUAAAUAAUCUACGUUCAAGAGUUGUUGUUCAAGCUGAUGGACAGUUGAGAACAGGAUUUGAUGUUGUUGUUGCAGCACUUCUUGGAGCUGAUGAAUUUGGAUUUAGUACUGCUCCAUUGAUUGUUAUGGGUUGCACCAUGAUGAGAAAAUGUCAUCUUAACACUUGUCCAGUGGGAAUUGCCACUCAAGACCCUGAGUUAAGGAAGAAAUUCACUGGAAAACCUGAGCAUGUGAUCAAUUUCUUCUUCAUGCUAGCUGAAGAUAUCCGAAAAAUAAUGGCUAAUCUUGGUAUUCGUAAAUUCCAAGAUCUUAUUGGACGAACAGACUUGCUCAAAGUAAGCAAUAAGCUGGCACUCAAGGCUGCGAUGUUAGAUCUAUCUACCUUGUUGCAAGACGCCACUAAAUUAAGACCUGGUGUUAACAUUGUCGGAGGAUCAGUAGCUCAAGACUUCAAUUUGGAAAAUCGAUUGGAUAAUAAACUUAUCGAAAAAGCACAAGGUGUGUUGCAAGGAAAAGAAGACACUGUUGAGUUUGUGUCAAGCAUACACAAUGAAGAACGAGCUUUUGGAUCGACUUUGAGCUACCACAUUGCAUGCAAAUAUGGGGAAGCAGGACUUCCUGAAGGACGAUCCAUCAAUAUCAAGUUAGAAGGCUCUGCAGGACAGAGUUUUUGUGCGUUCCUUGCAAAGGGUGUUAAUGUGACUUUAAUCGGAGACUCCAACGAUUAUGUUGGCAAAGGUUUGUGCGGUGGUACAAUCGUCAUAAAACCACCAGCGUCUGUUCCAUUCGAGUCGCAUUUGAAUGUCAUCGUUGGAAAUGUUUGCCUGUAUGGAGCAACCGAUGGCAAAGCCUUCUUCCGAGGAAUUGCAGCUGAACGUUUCUGUGUACGUAAUUCUGGAGUUACAGCAGUGGUCGAGGGUGUUGGUGAUCACGGAUGUGAAUAUAUGACUGGAGGAACAGUAUUAAUUCUUGGUCUAACUGGUCGAAACUUUGCUGCUGGUAUGUCCGGCGGCAUUGCCUAUGUAUAUGACAUUGAUGGAUCAUUUAAACCAAAGGUUAAUGCUGAGUCUGUUGAACUGCUGCCAUUGGAAUUGGAAAAAGAUGUUGAUUUGGUUAAGCAGCUGUUGCAAGAAUUUAUCGAAAAGACUGGUUCUUUAGUUGCCGAAGAAAUUCUUGCAAACUGGGCUACAUAUCAGAGUAAAUUUGUCAAGGUAUUCCCAUAUGAAUAUCAAAAGGCUCUGAAAGAUUUGGAAGAGGAAAAACUAUCUGAAAAAGCUGGCAAAGAAAUGAAGGCUAUCGAAAAUGGAUCCAACGAUAAGAAUGAACCAUUAGUCAAAGAUAUCGAAGAGGCUAUACAAGAUGUUGCUCUGGAACAAAAGCGUGCUGAUCGAAUUUUGGACAAAACAAGAGGCUUUAUUAAAUACAAGCGUGAAACCGGAAUCUAUCGCGAUGCUACAGAGAGACAAAAAGAUUGGAAUGAAGUGUAUAAUUUCCCUCACGUGCGAAAGAAUUUGAAAGUUCAAGCCGCUCGGUGCAUGGAGUGCGGUGUUCCAUUCUGUCAAUCGAACAGUCAUGGUUGUCCACUGGGAAAUAUUAUUCCCAAAUGGAAUGAUCUAAUUUUCCACGGCGAAUGGAAGGAGGCUCUCAGGCAACUAUUGCAAACCAACAAUUUCCCCGAGUUUACCGGCAGGGUAUGUCCAGCUCCAUGCGAAGGAGCUUGUGUUUUAGGAAUCUCCGAGCCACCAGUAACGAUUAAGAAUAUUGAAUGUGCUAUAAUUGAUCAUGCAUUUGAAAACGGCUGGAUUAAGCCAGAAAUUCCAUCUAAACGUAGUGGUAAACGUGUUGCUGUGAUUGGAUCAGGCCCAUCUGGACUGGCGGCAGCCCAACAAUUGAACAGAGCCGGUCACUUGGUAACAGUGUUUGAAAGAAACGACCGAGUUGGAGGUCUUCUUCAAUAUGGUAUACCCACGAUGAAGUUAUCAAAGGAUGUUGUCAAGCGACGAGUAGAUCUUAUGGCAGCUGAAGGCAUUGAGUUUAAGACGGGCGUUCAUGUCGGAAAAGAUAUUAAGGCAGAACUUUUGUUAAACGAAUUCGAUGCAGUUCUUAUAACAACUGGUGCAACAUGGCCAAGGGAUCUCCCACUUCCAAAUCGAGACCUCAAAGGCAUUCAUUUUGCUAUGGAAUUCUUGGAAGCACAACAAAAGAAACAAUUGGGCGGUAAAAAGGAGAUAAUCUCAGCUGAGGGAAAAGAUGUUAUAAUUAUUGGAGGUGGUGAUACUGGAUGUGAUUGUAUAGCGACUUCAUUGCGUCAAGGUGCCAAGAGUAUAACAACAUUCGAAAUUCUUCCAGAACCUCCAAAGUCUCGUGCAAAUGACAAUCCAUGGCCACAAUGGCCUAAGGUUUUCAGAGUUGACUAUGGUCAUGAAGAAGUGCGAGUUAAAUUUGGAAAUGACCCUCGUCAGUAUUCAACAACCACAAAGGAAUUCAUAGGAAAAGAUGGUCAUAUUGCGUCAGUGAAUACUGUUCAAGUUCAAUGGAAUAAGUCACCUACUGGCCAAUGGGUAAUGGAGAAUGUCAAAGAUUCCGAGAAACAGUAUCCAGCUGAUUUGAUACUAUUGGCUAUGGGAUUCCUUGGACCAGAAAAAACUGUUCCAAAUGAACUUGGUCUGGAGCUUGAUCCUCGAGGCAACAUUAAAGCAGUCAAUGGCACCUAUGGAACUUCUAAUCCAAAAGUGUUUGCAGCAGGAGAUUGCCGAAGAGGACAAUCGUUAGUAGUGUGGGCCAUUUCCGAAGGACGGCAAGCAGCACGCCAAGUAGACUCAUACCUACUGGGACAUCCAAGUACCUUGCCAGGUCCAGGCGGAGUUAUUGAUCCAACCAGAAUAGUCUAGAUUUAUCUUCAACCACAUUUUAUCGCACUCAACCAUAAUAAAUAAAAUUAAUUAAAAAUUAAAAAUGUUAAUUUAGUAGAUCUAGAAAUAAACAUUUUGGCUAUAAUAUUUAAA